AUGCUCUUGACCACUUUGCUUGACUCCGUUCCUAUUUUUCCUAUCCGCGUUAAAUACCUCACGGGUUCUGUCUAUGUAGCAAAUGUGACUACACAAACGACCGGAGAAAUAUUGUUGAAGAACCUCCAAAAUUGCGUCGGGGACUACGGUUUUGCGUCCUGUAAACUUGUAUAUCAUGAUAAGGACGUACAACUUGCCGAUACGCUUGAAGGGAUUAAGGAAGGAGAUUUAGUUGAGGCAGUAGCAAGUAGAUGUGAAAAUUCAACAGAACUUUCUCAAAUAAAGUUUGUAUCUACACCAACUAAACCAAGAAGUUCAAUGCUAAUCUACCUGAAAACGUCUACCGGAAAAACGGAACUGAAAGUAUGUUGGAGUGACACUAUCAUUCAGAUUAAAGAGAUUAUCCAGGAUUUAGAAGGCAUUUCCUCUAAAAAGCAAUGCAUUACUUUUAAUGACGUCGAAUUAGAAGAUCAUCUUACUCUAUCAUAUUACAACAUACAAAAGGAGUCCACAUUGCAUCUAACAUCUAAGGGAAUGAUUAUCUACGUGAAAACAGAGACUGGAGAAACAAUAGAGCUUGAUUUAACCGCAAAUGAUACCAUCCAUGAAGUUAAAUUAUUGAUCCAGGUUAAAAAAAAAAUUACCCCUGUUCAUCAGCGUAUUAAAUUUGGUGACAAUGAAUUAUAUGAUGAUCAUACCUUGUCAUAUUACAAAAUCCAAAAAGGGUCUACACUUUAUCUAAAAGUUAAAUCAAUAAUUUAUGUGAAAACAAAAACCGGAAAAAUUAUAAAUCUGGAAGCAGAGACAAACAAAACAAUCAGACAAAUUAAACAAAAGAUCCAGUAUAGAGAAGACAUCCCUCUCGGCCAACAACGUCUUGUUUUUUUAGGAAACGAACUACAUGAUCGGAAUACCUUGUCAUAUUACAAUGUUCAAAAUGGGUCUACAUUACAUCUAAAAUAUAAAGAAAUAAAGUUCUAUGUGAAAUUAAUGGACGAAAAUAUCAUAGAGUUAAAAGCAAGGAGAGAUCACACAAUCAAAGAGGUUAAACAAAUGAUCCAGGAUAAAGAAGGCAUCCCCUAUGACCAACAACAUCUUGUUUUUAAAGGUUAUCCUAUUUUUAAUGGGCAAAUGUAUGACAGUCAUCCCUUGUCAUAUUACAAAAUCGAAGAAGAGUCUACAUUGCAUCUAGAAUGUAAAAAAAAAACAAUAAUGAUCUAUGUAAAAUUUAUGAGCGGCAAAACUAUAGAGCUGGAAGUGGAGAGAGAUUACACCCUCGAACAGGUUAUUCGCAUGAUCCAAGAUAAAGAAGGCACUUCCUCUUAUCGACAAUAUUUUACAUUUAAUAACCGAAUUCUGCGCUCAGGCACCUUAUCAAACAAAGGAGUUAACAAUGGGGCCACAUUAAAUCUAUUUCAAUAUGUUCCAUUUGGUUCCGGUCAGAUAUUUGUGAAAACACUAACAUGCAAAACAAUAACUCUGAAAGCAGGAUCAGGUGAAACCAUAGAUCAACUUAAAACCAAGAUCCAGGACAAAGAAGGAAUCCCCCCUGAUCAACAACGUCUCAUUUUUGCUGGCAUGCAAUUAGAAGAUGGACGUACCUUGUCAGAUUAUUAUAUCCAUCAAGAGUCCACACUUCAUCUUGUACUUAGAUUACGUGGUGGAAUGUUUCAAGAAACCAGUGGUCGCAAAGAAUUUGAUGCACUGCCAUUACUCACGCAAUAUAUACUGACACCUGAAGAACGUCUACAAAAUGGAAUUCAUGCUGGUAUUGCUUGCAAUUAUUGUGGCAAAAGUGAAUGGAAAGGGGCAAGAUAUAAAUGUUCAGAAUGUCCCGAUUAUGACUUGUGCUUUGAUUGUAUCACAAUGUCCAACUUGCUUCACAACAUGCAACAUCAUUUUCUGAAACUCCUGAAUCCCUUAGAUCCAAAGGAGGUUCCAAAAGGUAACUCUAUUGCUUCCAUUACUAUCUCCCCAAUACUACCAGACACGAAAGAGAAAUUGUUGGCUCUGCUACGUGAAGAAGAGCGGCGAAGGUUUUCACCUGAAAUGCAAAAAAAAUAUUAUGAUGUUGGGAGUGAUCCUACAAGUGGUAAGGAUUGGAUGGAUGUUACUGAUCAGAUGCAGCUUGAGUUGGUUCGAGAAUUUGGAUACUCAGAUGAGGCAGUACAAUUGUUGCGGCGUGCACCGCAGCUUUAUCCAGAUGAUCCUGAAUUCCGUACAACUCAAGUAUAUGUUCGUAACAAUAUUGCUAAUCUUGGAAAUCUCACCGAAGGAAUGCCGGCACCUGAUUGCCCGUUGGUUCCGUUAGAAUCUUCAAUUUUUACAGCAAUAAUUGAUAACAGUAACAACGCCAAUUCACCAACUUUAGUUCCUUUACGCUCACUUUGUAAAUCAGGGCGACCUCUUGUUCUUCUUGGUGGAUCAUAUACUUGUCCUUUAUAUCGAUACAUAUCUCAUGUGCUCAAUGAUAUAUAUAUUCGAUAUAAAACACAAGUAGAUUUUUAUAUGAUUCAAAUUCGAGAAGCACAUGCCUCUGAUGUUUGGCCGAUUGGUAACAUUGUAGAUGUCAAGGAGCAUCGCACAUUAUCUGACCGUUUAGCUGCUGCACGUGAAAUGGUUAAAAAAACCCAAUUGGAAAUUCCCGUGCUAGCAGAUACAAUGGAUGAUACUUUCUUGAAAUUAUAUUCACCAUGGCCAUUCCGUUUUUUUGUCGUUGUAGAUGGUAUUUUAAAACUUGUUGGAAUGCCAAAAGAAGCACGUUAUGACACAACAGAUCUAGUUGAAUGCUUAAAUGAUCUUUUAUGUAACAAAAAAGACUAA